UGGUAGCGGUCACAUGACCCUAAAGGGGGGAAAAUGGCGUAGUCGACAGCUAGGUUAUUAAAACGUGCAAUGUUUCAAUUAAAAACAUGCGGUUGUUAAUACUGUUUGGUGUUGGAAUCUUCUGUAGUUUAUUAUCUGUUGUUCAGGGCAGAUGGAUCGAAGGAAAUAUUGAAACUCAAACAAGUAACUGGGAGUUCAUUGCUCGCUUCUGUUUUCUCUCAAAGUUGGGGUCUUUGUCCUACACUUUUGAGUACCCUGUGUCUUAUGGCACACAGGAGAUCCUUUUGUACUUUGAUGAGCCAGGGCAAUGGGAGUCAGUAUACAGAUCAAACAAGAACUGCUCUGCUCGGAGAUCUGUGCUGUCCCUUGAAAACAAUCAGGUCAUAGCCUUGAACACUAGCAACACAGCAAUAUCACGCUUCUCCGGCUGCACUGUUGCUACUACCAAUGGACAAGCCUUCUACAGCUGUAGUGGGAUUCGAACCUUUCGGUCAAUGCGUGAAAGGUGGUGGUACAUAGUUGUUGCCCGGUGCGAUGAACCCUUAGAUAAAGUCCAAGGGCUAAAGUUUUAUUAUAAACUACAUCUCACUAAUGGCGAAGAAAAUGAAUUCCUUCAGUAUGAAUACUCAGCAGAUGAGUUUUACAUUUUCCCAGAAGAUAUGGCAUAUUUGGUAGCAUAUAUUAUCAUGAUGGCGUUGUCAAUAGUUUGUGCAGUGAUACUACGAAAUCGGCAGCUGUUUCACUCCUCCUACAAACUCUACAUGGCCUCCCUGAGCCUGUGGCUGAGUGGGCUUAUUCUUCUUUGUAUUGCCUGGGGUCGUUAUGGUCAGUAUGGAUGGCAAGAGAAACCCACAGAAGUCACAGGUCGCAUUUUUCAAGCUGCAUCCACAAUAAUAUUCAUCUUAAUGGUCAUUCUGAUGGCCAAAGGGUACACCAUUACCAGAGGACGCCUUACUUCAAUUUCUCUUAUUCGCCUUUCCAUAUUUUUCAGCCUCUUCAUUAUUAUCUACUGUUUUCUUUUUAUCUGGGAAGGACUUUUUUUUGACGAAGGACUGGUCUUAUAUUAUUAUGAGAGCCCUCCUGGUUAUGGCUUGAUAGCAAUGCGUCUGGUAGCCUGGCUAUGGUUCCUGUAUGCCCUUUUUUUCACGCUAAAACAUCACCCAAGCAAAAGAACCUUUUAUCUUCCAUUUUUCAUUAUCUACACUUUGUGGUUUUGGGCAGGGCCUGUUGUUAUUCUUGCGGCAAUGUUUGGGAUGCCAAAAUGGAGUCGUGAGAAGACUAUCAAUGCUGUGGAACAGUUUGUUGGACUGUGUGGGCACUUGUUUUUCCUGAUACUCACCCGACCUCAAGCUGCCAAUAAAAAUUUCCCUUAUCAUGUCAAAACUUCUCAGAUUGGAAUUCUGAGUGACCCUGCAGAUAAUGACACCAUCACAGGAAGUUCCACAUUCCGGUCAGAGGCUUAUGCCACCAGCUCUCCAGAUGUACCCAUGGGUCAGGGUCCAAACUUAGCUGCACUGUUUAUUGUCCAGUUUGACAAGACCCGUGAUGAAAAUAUGAAUCGGGAAGUUGGACAAAGAGAUGGCAGAGCAACCAUCUUCACCCAGUCACCACCACCAUAUUCACCAAUGCUUUUACCACAAAUCAGCAGAGAAAAUGGCACUUUGCCGCCUGUUCUGGGAUUUGCUUUGCCACCAAUUCAGCAUGCCCUGCCAUCUGCUCCACCCAUUUGAGAUAUUGGCCUCUUCACCAGUCUAUGAGAAUGUGUUUAUUGUAAAAAAAACAAAACAAAAAACUAACACUAGUAAUGAAUCAUGACAGGAAAGAGAACCAUCAAGAUUCUUUGUUAUUUUAAAGAUGAAUAUUAAAAAAACAUAGAUGAAUAACAGACAAUGUUGAUAUUUUUAUAUCAUUCCUAACAAGACAUUUUACCUUGCAUUCGCACUGAAGAUUACUGGAAAGGAAAAAAACGAUUUGAGUUCUGUGAGUUCUUUAAUCUUGUAUGAAGUAUUUAUGCAGCGAUUUUCAAACAUAAUAAUAAGGUCUAUCUUAUCUUAAGAUGUUAAAGUUCUGAUUUAUCAUUUUAAAGUUUGGUAUUGUUUAUAUACUUUAGAACACAUUUGAACUCAAUUUUAGUGGGUUUUUUUUUUUUUUGAAAAGAUAAGUAGAAAUAUUUUGUCACAAGAAAGGUCUUAGUUGCAAACUGGGAGCUUGGUUUGUGGUGGCUGUUGCAGACAUUCAUGUGUCGAUACCAGGGGUAUUAAUAGUCAUAGCAAUAAACCAGUGUUAUCAGCAAUGUUUUUAUUACCUAACUUUGAGCUACACAAUGAUAUUAUCAAGGAGCUAUCAGAUUCCUCAGAUUAGCCAGUUGUCACCUCCUUGAGUCCUGUCUAAAACUUUCUUGAUGGCAUCAGUUAUGAAAAUUUACAAAAUAUCAAGCCAUUUGAGAAAAUGAACUAUUUAACUUGCUUUUUAAAAGCAAUUGUUUGAAGCCAUUUAAGAUUUAAUAUCAUUCUUUUGAAAUGAUAUAUUAAAAAUUUAUUGUGAUGCAUGCUGGUUCUUUAUCCCAACUUUCUGUAAAGACCUGAACUCAUUGCAGGUUAAAAAGUUGGUUUUCAAAAAUUGCAAAUUAAAUGACGUGUUAUAAGAAAUAUGUUUUGUAAUUUUUACUGGAACAUUUUUAGUUUCAGUGUCCAAUUCUUUCAUGACUGUUAAAUUGCUGGCAUUCUUCUAGCAUAACAUCCAUAAGGAUACACUACAGUAACAGAGUAAUUGAUUGUGCUAGUCACUGGUUGUUAUAGAGGAUGGGGGCUGGGUGGAUAAAGUAUCUGAAAAGCUCAGCAGUGUUAUGUGAUGUGGUAUGCAAGCCCUGCAUGGCACAGUACACUUAUUUCAUUCCUCUCCAGUCAUAGAAACAGUAGAACAAUCAAUAAUAAUGGGUCUUUAAUUUCCUUUUUCAUAUUUAUAACAAUAUCUUACCACCAACUUUGUGCAUGGUAACCUCUUUGUAUUUGUUUUAUAUGUCUGCUGAAGUCCCUCAGACUUUGGUCUGACAUUUUUGUGUGGUACUUUUAAUUAAUCUUGUUAACAGUCAUCAUAUAUUUACCUACAUUUUCUUCUAAUUUCUUUAGAAUAUUGUGUUUUCUUUCAGUAAUGCAAUGCAUUUUGAUGUUUUUUUUAAUCAUUUCUGAUACUUAACACUUAUUAUCUGGAUAUCCAGAUAAUGUGUACCUGGAUAAUAUCUUUUACUUCAUUGUCAUUUCUGUCAUUGCUGUUCUACAAGUGAAAAUCCUUAGUUUUGAAAACAGUAUGCGUGGUCCAUCCAUUAAUCUUUAUUUUCUGUAUAAGUCACAACCCCAAAGAAAAUUUUUCUUUGACUCACAAAAAACACUUAAAAAGUUAAGACAUAUCUAACAAACUGAGUUAAAACUGAAAAAACACAUAUAAACUGUAUUAUAUCUAUAUAUAGCAUCUUAUACACACACACAUGUGGUCAAUUUUAACAGAUAUGAUCUAUAAUAUUAAUAGAAUUUGAGUAUUUUUCAUACCUGAAUGGCCUUGCACACAUUUGUAGAUGCAAAUGGGACUGUAUAUUGUCUUCUGGAUGUUAGCAGCUGAAUGCUGGAUUGUAAAGGGUAUGGGAGUCAUUAUAGUCAUUGAUACCUUUGACCUUUCUAUGACAUUUAACACUAUUGUCUACUAUAACAUUAUCAUGCUUCUUUGUUUGUGUGCAAAGAAAAUUUCUAGUAAUUUUUCAUAUGCACAUGUGUGCUCGUUUCUGCAUGCCUCUCUGCUUGUCCAAGUAGUUUUCUCUAACCCUUAUACUACAGUUUUAUCCCUUUUUCCUCCCAUAUUGAUUGCUUUAAGCACAAAAUGUUUAACACAUAUUUUGACAUUUGUUAAUGUAGAAUGUAUAUCAAAGGCAGUAUAUUUUUUUAUAUUUUUGUUCUUACAUUUCCACAAAUAAUUUUUCAGUAAACAUUUUAUUAUUAUUAUUCAGUGCUGAUAUUAAAAGCUUAUUUACCAAAGCACCUUUUCACCUUGUAUGUCUGUGAUACUGACAACACAUUGGCAAUAAUGAUAGCAAACUGCUACUGUGUCUUUACAUGGUCUUUUUAUCAAAUUGCGGUAUGUGAAUUGCAUUGUACAGAUUAUAAUUGUAUCAAAUUUUUAACUUUGAGAAAUUGGUCCCAACACCAUAAAGGCAAACAUGUACAGCUUAUCAACAAUUGUGUGUAAUAUGGCACCAGUCUAUUUGCAAAUACAUCUUGUUUGCUGCUCAGUUAAACAACUUUAAAAAAAUGUCUACUUGUCAUCGACAAAGUAUUUGUCUCUUUUGAGAUUAUUUUAUAAAGUAGAUGUGAGGCAGCUGUUUAUGCGGCAUUGAAAAAUAGUUCAAGCACAUCUUUUGUCCCGUUUUAUUGUAGUGCAUCCAUUUUCAUUGCUCUUGAAUAACUAGUUCUUUAUAAAUCAUAAACUGAGGAUGGACACAUUUUGUGUCAAGAGAAUAUACAUGUGGAUGUUUUAUAUUUUACUUUGACAUUCCAGUUGUUUUUCCUACUUUACAGAACAAAAGCCAAAUACUGUAUUAGCAUGUAUGAGGAUAUAAAGAUAUUUGUGGGGAGUAAUAAUGGUCAGAGAUCCUUCAACAAGGUCAAAUGGUAGAUACAUCUAUGUGAAAAAAUUUUGAUUUUCGACAGAUAUACCAUAUACCUGCUGUUCUUCAUAAACCUGUAAAUAUUGUUCUCAUGAAGAAACUUAAACUACAUUCAAUUUGUGAAGAUUGUGACAAAUGCAUGAGCUCUCUUUACAUUCCAGUUGUUUCAAUACUUAGCAUUUUAUCUUGUGCUGUUUUUCUAGAGUUGGAUAUUUGUGAAAUAGUUCUAAGCAUCUAGGUUUUAGUUUAUCCUAGCUCUAAAAUCCAUGUUUGCUUCUGUUAAGACUAUUUGUUUCAGGUUUGCAAAUACUAAAACUUAAGUAUUGUUACUCUUUUAUGUCUUUUUGGUGUUCUCAAGAUCUGAUAGAAAAAAAUCAUUUUAUUUUUCAAAAUUUAUCUUGUUGACAAUUACUUUUAAAUUUCACUGUUGUAUUUCCAUUCUUUCAGAAUAAAAUUAUUCCUCUAUAGCACACAGCAUAACAGUAUUGCUUAGAUGUUAAACAAUAGAUCUCAUGAAACCACUGGUUGUGCACUUCCAAAUAGUUCAUGCAGGGUUUUUGUGUUGUUUUUAAGAUGCAUCUUUGAUAGCAUGCUAUUGUUAUUUCCUAACUGAAGGGAUUUAUUAUUAUUUUUGUAUAUUUACUUGGAGAAUACUGCAGUUUGCACGGUACGUGUGAUUUCUGAUUUUGAUCACAUUUCAUCAUAAACUUAAUGUUUUCUCAAAAUCAUGUUGACACUGUAGUGAUAUAUCUUUUCUGCAUGCUUGGUCCUUACAAAAUCCAAUGUUAUAGCCUAGCUUAAGAACAUACUCUGUUACUCGAUCCCUUAAUUGCUUCUCCCCCGCAGUUCCCUUAACAUUUGACGUUGUGCCUUUUUCCGGAGCAGAAGGGUAAAUAAGACUGAAAUUUCAAUAUGCUUUAGAUUCUUGGAAACAUGUCGAUCACUGUAUUCUUGUAUAUUUUAAAUUCAUGGAUUCAUGAUAAUUGCAAAACUAGAUGAUAGUGACUUAGCAUUAAAAUUUGUUUUCAAUUAGAUCAUGUAAUGAACAGGAUGUAGUAGAAGAAAUACUUGUAUGUGUAAGCAGUUUCUAAGUAAAGAAAUUUACUCCCAUUCAAUGCCCAUGCACCUAGCUGCUCUACGGCAUUCUAGUGGACUGAUCGAGGUUUGAUUCACAUUCAGAAUUCAAGCAUUUGUUGAUUAGGAAUAUGCAUUGCAUCACAAAUGUGCCUUUGUGAUCAAUUAACUCUAAAAUUUUCACAAUAUUAGUAACACUUUAAAGAUUUCAUUUUGGCAAACAUCAAGCACUUUCGCGAUCCAUUUCUUAAGGGAAAAAAGACGUACGUUGCAGCCUAUAACUACUACAGCUAAAAUUUUUAGUUAUUGAAUACACUUAUCAGAAUUUUUUCACUUAAAAAUGAAAUUGUGGCUGAACUUGAUCUGGGCUUGUUUUUUGUUGGGUUUUUUUUUGGGGUUGGGGGUGGGGGGGUAUCAACCCCUUUGUCUAAUCUUUCCUGGAAUGGAACAUAUAUGUCUGCCAAUUAAGUAUACUCUGCAUAUAUAUAUGUUAAUUGUUUGUAUAACUCUUCAUGAAUACAGACUAAAUAAAAAGAAAACGUACCUGUCUGUAA